UCCCCCUUAGGAAACUAAGAAAUACCUCAGGUUGAGCAGAAGCCAUCUCUGUGUUAAGCUCUCGUAUUUCAGCUUAUCAGCAUGGCAUUUGACGGUACCUGGAAAGUGGACAAGAGUGAAAACUAUGAGAAGUUCAUGGAGGUGCUGGGUAUUAAUUUAGUGAAGAGAAAACUAGGGGCCCAUGACAACCUGAAGCUCACUAUCCAGGAAGACGGAAACAAGUUCACCAUCAAAGAAUCUAGCAAUUUCCGCACCAUAGAGAUAGCAUUCACUCUCGGAGAGAAUUUUGACUACAGCAUGGCUGAUGGAACUGAACUCCAUGGUAACUGGGACUUAAAAGGCAAUCAACUUGUAGGCACAUUCAGCAGGAAAGAUAAUGGGAAGGAACUUAAGGCAUUUAGAGAAAUCACAGGUGAUGAAUUGGUUCAGACUUACAUCUAUGAAGGAGUUACAGCUAAGAGAUUCUUCAAGAAAACUUGAACAGUAGCCGAGGAUUGAAAUCUGAGAGAAUUACCAUCCUUUGUUUAUGGCAACUAUACUUUCCCCAUCAAGCACAAAAGUAA